CCUGUCCCCUUUUUUGUAGGUCUUUUGCAGGAGGCGUCCGGCCAUCGCGAUCUCUGGUGCAAAGAUGCUUUGCAGGGGAGGCUGAAGGUGCGAGCAGGAAGGAGUCUGCUUGCAGAGGCGCCUUUCGGAAGCUGUACACGGAGACCACCAACCUUUGAGGACUAUUUCUCCAGGGUCGAAAGGGCCCUCCCAGCUGGACGUUGGCCGAAGAACAAGGGAGGCCAUGCUGGAGAAUGAGGGGAACGUGGCCUCACUGGCACUGCCACUUCCCAAGACUAGCCUUGACAACAGCGCAGAGCAAGCGGAAGAGCCCAGGCCGCCACAGUGUCAGAUCGCAGACGGAACAGGGGCUGCCAUUUCGGACACCAGCUCAGGAAACUCGAGGAGGAAACACUUCUGCCCAGAGUGUGGCCGAUGCUUUGCCUUAAGAUUGGCUCUUGCUAUACACCAGAGAAUCCACACAAGGGAGAAGAUCCAGGAAAGCUCUGAGUGCGGGGAAUGUUUGGGUCAGAGUUUGGAGCUUGCAAACCAUCCAGGAACCUCCAAGUCUUCGGAGUACAGGAAGGUUCUUGCUCAUCAGCCCAUUGUUCUGAUCCAAAGGAACAUCCAUGCAGGAGGAGAUAACUCAUAUCGCUGCUUGGAGUGUGGGGAAGGUUUCUCCCAACUCUCAGAUUUUGUGAAACAUGAAAGAGGCCACAGAGGAGAGAAACCCCGUAAAUAUGGCGAGAGUAGGAACAGGUUCCCCAAGAGAUCACAGCUUAAUGGACACAAUAAAAUCCACACAGGAGAGAAGCCCCACGAAUGCAGAGUGUGUGGGUUAUGUUUUUCUUUUAGGUCACAACUUGUUACCCAUCAGCGAACCCACACCGGAGAAAAGCCCUAUAAGUGCCCGGAGUGUGGAAAAUCAUUUGCUCAAAAGUAUGGUACCUCCAUCCUCAGUUAUCUGAAUUUCCACUCCCAAAUAAUUCUUCGCUUCACCUGGAAGUGA